CCUAGUGGAAAGAGGGGAACCGGCCAGGCAGAGACAGCAAGGGCGGUUCGUUGCUCCAGAGCCUUUCCGUUCUCUUUAUAUUUUUGUUCAGUGUAUGAUUCAAGAGAAGUGACUGGCCUGGUAUUAGGAGUGUGCUUCACUUGGAUUUGGUUUAUAUCAAGCUUCAGAAGCCUGGAGUAUGGUACGUCACUGAUGUCUUACCUGGAGUAUGGUACGUCACUGAUGUCUUACCUGGAGUAUGGUACGUCACUGAUGUCUUACCUGGAGUAUGGUACGUCACUGAUGUCUUACCUGGAGUAUGGUACGUCACUGAUGUCUUACCUGGAGUAUGGUACGUCACUGAUGUCUUACCUGGAGUAUGGUACGUCACUGAUGUCUUACCUGGAGUAUGGUACGUCACUGAUGUCUCACCUGGAGUAUGGUACGUCACUGAUGUCUCACCUGGAGUAUGGUACGUCACUGAUGUCUCACCUGGAGUAUGGUACGUCACUGAUGUCUUACCUGGAGUAUGGUACGUCACUGAUGUCUCACCUGGAGUAUGGUACGUCACUGAUGUCUCACCUGGAGUAUGGUACGUCACUGAUGUCUUACCUGGAGUAUGGUACGUCACUGAUGUCUCACCUGGAGUAUGGUACGUCACUGAUGUCUUACCUGGAGUAUGGUACGUCACUGAUGUCUCACCUGGAGUAUGGUACGUCACUGAUGUCUUACCUGGAGUAUGGUACGUCACUGAUGUCUCACCUGGAGUAUGGUACGUCACUGAUGUCUUACCUGGAGUAUGGUACGUCACUGAUGUCUCACCUGGAGUAUGGUACGUCACUGAUGUCUUACCUGGAGUAUGGUACGUCACUGAUGUCUCACCUGGAGUAUGGUACGUCACUGAUGUCUUACCUGGAGUAUGGUACGUCACUGAUGUCUUACCUGGAGUAUGGUACGUCACUGAUGUCUUACCUGGAGUAUGGUAUGUCACUGAUGUCUUACCUGGAGUAUGGUACGUCACUGAUGUCUUACCUGGAGUAUGGUACGUCACUGAUGUCUUACCUGGAGUAUGGUACGUCACUGAUGUCUCACCUGGAGUAUGGUACGUCACUGAUGUCUUACCUGGAGUAUGGUACGUCACUGAUGUCUUACCUAGAGUAUGGUAUGUCACUGAUGUCUUACCUGUACCACCUUACUACCUGUUUAAGCCACGGCUACUUUGUAUUGACUAGAGCUGCCUGUAGAAGUACCAAAUCAAAGGUUUUAAGACACCGGGCUGAACAUCAAUGAUGACGUGCCGAAGUCAGACGUAAACAAGGAGUACUACAAACAAUAUGGAGAGAGACGUAUGGAGGGGGAGAGGAGGCUGCAGCCCUGUUAUUUCUGUGAUCACAUAUUCAACAGCCAGUGUUUUCCCCUGUUACCUCCCUCAUCUCCCAACUCCCUUUGCCCCCAGAUAGGGAACUCUGACAGGACACGGCCAGAGGGUCUCCUGGGUAAGGCCCCCUGCUCCAGUGAGAUGCUGCUGAAGCUGGCCCUAUUACAAGAGGAAUAGACCCCACAUCUGCUCCUUCUGGGUGAAUGGAGAGUGCAAGAGAGGAGUGUCCCUACAGGCACGAGAGGCCCACAGACCCAGACAAUCCCCUGGCAGACUAGAACAUUAUGGACCGUUACUAUGGUUCCAACGACCCUGUGGCUGACAAGCCGAGGAUACCAUACUCGAUGAAUCGCUUCUACCAGUUUGGGGAGAUCUGGACCACCACCAUCGUCCAGAAGCAGCAGUGUGCCUUCAUCCAAUUUGCCACAUGGCAGGCGGCUGAGCUCGCCGCUUAGAAGUCCUUCAACAAGCUCAUUAUCAACCAUGGACGCAGGCUUACCGUCAAGUGGGGCAGGUAAGAGAUCAAGAGGAGAGGAACAGAAAGUACUGCAUGUCCCUCCUUUCUAACCAGAUGGGGACAACCCUGUACGAUGGGGCAGAGUGUAAGACUUGCUGACUUAUUGGGUAUUUGGGCUCCAUGUGACAGUCUACCUAGUAAUCCUGUACUGCAAUGAGUUGUGACUGGCCAGGUCCCAGGCAGCCAGAGGGAAGGAGGCCAUCAAGGACAGGGUCAGUGAGAUGGGAACCAAACUGGACCCUGUACCAGGACUGCCUGGAGGUUUUGGUGGUCCUGUUUCACAUGGGUUCCAUGGGUCCCCCUCUUCCCCCUUCAUGGGUAUGAGAUCCCCAGGACACAUCCACUACCCUUCCCAGGAUCUCCAGCGCAUGGGAGCCCAUGCUGCCCGCCACGGCG